GUGGAACCACCCACUGACGUGGAUCAUGUAGUUUAGUCAAAAUCAGAAAGACAUGAGCUUGUUUGGUGCCGCGAGUUUGAGAGGUGAAGAUGCUUUGUAAAUUCACCGCAAGAUUCAGAGAGUAACAGCAGGGGCAGGAUUACCAUUCAGGACAGAUUUACAGUUUUACUGAGUAUUGUUUGACAGUUAAUGGGAAGGUCCCGGUGCUGCCAGACCUGCUGAGCUUUUCCAGCAACGUCUGUUUUUGCUCCAGGUUCAGAGGUAGGGACAUUGCCACUUCGCUGGAAGAGCCCUAAAUUGACCCCACUCUGUAAAUUGGAAGAGGUAAUCCGCUGGACAGGGUACAGCUCGGAGCAGCCUGCAUAGUGCAGCUGGGAUUGUUCAUUCGAGUAGCUGCCUUUUCAAUGGCCGACAGCCCCUUCAUUGAGGAAACCCGGCCUUACGGCUAUAAGGAGGGUCUGGAAUGGGGAUAUGAGGAAGGAGUGGAAUGGGGCCUGUUGUUUCCUGAAGCAAAUGGAGAGUAUCAGUCCCCGAUAAACCUGAACUCCAGGGAGGCAAAGUAUGACCCUUCACUAUUGGAAGUACGUUUAUCACCAAAUUAUGUUGUUUGUCGAGAUUCUGAAGUAAUUAAUGAUGGUCACACUAUUCAGAUACUGCUGAAGUCCAAAUCAGUUUUAACUGGUGGCCCGCUGCUUGGAAAUCAUGAAUAUGAAUUACAUGAAGUUCGAUUUCACUGGGGCAAAGAGAACCAGCGUGGCUCUGAGCAUACUGUUAAUUUUAAAGCUUUUCCAAUGGAGCUCCAUCUUAUCCAUUGGAACUCUACUUUGUUCAAAAGUAUUGACGAAGCUCUGGGAAAGAAACAUGGGAUAGCAAUCAUUGCUUUGUUUGUACAGAUAGGAAAGGAACACUUGGGUCUAAAAGCUGUCACUGAAAUCCUUCAGGAAAUCCAGUACAAGGGAAAAUUGAAAACCAUACCAUGUUUCAAUCCUAAUACCUUACUUCCUGAUCCGCUCCUUCGAGAUUACUGGGUAUAUGAAGGGUCUCUGACCAUUCCACCAUGCUGUGAGAAUGUGACUUGGAUAUUAUUCCGAUACCCUCUAACAAUCUCUCAGUUGCAGAUAGAAGAGUUCCGAAGAGUACGAUCCCACAUUAAAGGAGCAGAGCUACCUGAAGGAUGUGAUGGGAUUUUAGGAGACAAUUUUAGACCAACUCAACCUCUCAGUGAUCGCAUUGUCAGAGCUGCAUUCCAAUAAGAAGUGCUGAAGACGAACCGAAUCAGUUCUAGGGUGAAGACAAUGAACCCACAGUAUCCCACUGUAUGAGAAGUGGAUCUUUGUGAAGCUGCUGCUCCUUCAAAAUACAAAGCAUGUUUUGUGUUGCCUUCUAUAAUUAAUGCAGUCGUGAAAAGCAGCUGUGGCAGUUGGCUUGUUCUCAUAGUUCUGCAAAAUAUUCCAGAAAAAAGAGCUGAUGUGCAAGAACAAGAGUUCGUUUUAGGUGCCCUGAUGCUUCAUAUAAUUGUUUCUGUAGACUGUUUAUGCAUUUGCUUUUUGUAAAUGGAUAUUCAUUAAACAUUUUAUUGGUGUAAAAAUUCUUUCAAAUAUUUAACAAUUCAGCAUUGAGAUAUAUUUCUGAAGUUGAGAUGGAAGUUUACGAAGUAUUGAUAGCUUUUUGCUGCAUAAAAUGAUACAAUUUUGCAUACAGUGGCUUAUAAGAAUUAAAAGGAAUUUUUCUCGUUUUUUGAACAAGCGUAGAUUAUCCACAUUUCUGAACAAUACUGCAGUGAGUGUCAGCCCUUACAAAGAAUUUAGUAGCCAGUUGGUUUAUCCUUUUGUCAAAGCAAUUAUUUAAUCUGGCUAUUUCUCAGCAAGUCAAAUUUUAAAGAGUUAUUUUCUUAAAGCUUCAAUAAUUUCUGUGACUUUAAAUUGAAUAUCUACGUAGAAGGAAGAGCUAUAUACUGUCCUUCCUUUUGUAAAAAGUAGAUGCUGCUGCAAUUACUAAAAUUUAUGUAAUGUGGAUUUUGCUGCUAUGAGAAACUAAAACCAGGCUCAACAGCAUUUUAUUUUGAACCAUACUGCUGCUGAAUGAUACUCAAAUUUACUGAAGUUAUCUGUGCUCGUUCAAACCGCUGCUAUGAAUCGCAUUAGAGAGGUAGUAAGCUAAAAUAUCACUCUAUAACACAUAGUUUCUAUAAGCUUUGAUUGUGUUUUUAAGCUGGCAGUCCUUGCUUAUCUUUGGUUGGAUUUACAUUUGAGAUGCAUUUAGUGUAUCAAGUACAAUCAUUUUUAACGCAGUUUCAUUCCAAAUGAUGUUGGGGUGAGAGGACGUGUUAACGGAAGAAAAGUUGAGUGAAUAUCUCAAACUUCUAGUGACAUUUUGUGUGCAACCUAUAAAGCUCAAGUACAGAUUAUCAGAUAUUUGUCUGUUUUAUAAAGUGCUGAAUCAAACUUUUUGAUAAUGUAAUGCGUCCAGAAAACAGGCUGUAAUUUUUCUCCAUUCUUUGUAUGUCCUGUUUAAUGUAUCCUUUGUCUAUUUGUUACUUUAUUUUCAUUUCUUUCCUUUACACUUUUGACAAUUUAAGCCGUAAACUUAAUCUUUUUGAUAGCACUACUGUAAAUGGUUCUAACUUACAAUCUAAACUAUUAGUUGAAGUCCUGAGCAAAUUGUUGGAGUGUGCUAAAUUCAGCUGAAAUACUUGUUUUAAAAUUACCUGAAAAUUUUUGAGAAAUUACUUUUCAAAAUAUCCUAUAUGCCGGGAAAUAAUCUGUUA